GCUGCAGCCGCGGCAGGGCAGUGGAGUCCACCUCUCCCACUUCCACGCGCCCGCGCGCGCGCUGCCCGCCCUCGCACGGUUGCCCCGCGUGCUCUGCCGUUUCUUUCAUCUCUCCGCGCCGUGCCGGCAGCCGCUCUCCGAGCCUGCGGCCGGGGCCCUGGCGUGCGGCGCCGGCCUCGGCGGGGCCCAGCGCCCCGGCCCGGGAGGAUGCGGCCCGGGGUGGCCCGGGAGCUGAACAGGGCCCCCGCGCAGGCCCCCGCGGACCCCGGCCUCCGGAGCCGUAGCCGCCGCUGUGCCGCCGAGAGACAUGACUUCCAAGCCGCAUUCCGACUGGAUUCCCUACAGUGUCUUAGAUGAUGAGGGCAGCAACCUGAGGCAGCAGAAGCUUGACCGGCAGCGGGCCCUGCUGGAGCAGAAGCAGAAGAAGAAGCGCCAGGAGCCCUUGAUGGUGCAGGCCAAUGCCGACGGGCGGCCCCGAAGCCGGCGGGCCCGGCAGUCGGAGGAGCAGGCCCCCCUGGUGGAGUCCUACCUCAGCAGCAGUGGCAGCACCAGCUACCAAGUUCAAGAGGCCGACUCACUGGCUAGUGUGCAGCUGGGAGCCACCCGCUCAACAGCACCAGCUUCAGCCAAGAGAACCAAGGCAGCAGCAGCCACGGGGGGCCAGGGCGGGGCCUCGAGGAAGGAGAAGAAGGGGAAGCACAAAGGAGUGCCCGUGGCCUGCAGGCACCGGCGGGCCAGUGGCUCUGGCAGAAGACAAGUCCGAGGCCCGAGGCCCAGUGCAGAUCCUGACUGUGGGCCAGUCGGACCACGCCCAGGACACAGGGGCGACUGCAGCUGGUGGGGGCGCACGGCCCAGCGGGCAGGACCUCCGUGCCACGAUGCUGAGGAAGGGCGUCUCUAGCAGCAUGAGCUUUGAGGAGGAGGAGGACGAUGAAGACGAGAACAGCUCCAGCUCCUCCCAGCUAAACAGCAACACCCGCCCCAGCUCCGCUACUAGCAAGAAGUCCACCCGGGAGGCAGCCUCGGCCCCCAGCCCGACAGCCCCAGAGCCUUCAGUGGAGAUCGAGGUGCAGGAUCUUGAGGAGUUUGCGCUGCGGCCGGCCCCUCAGGGCAUCACCAUCAAGUGCCGCAUCACGCGGGACAAGAAGGGGAUGGACCGAGGGAUGUACCCCACCUACUUCCUGCACCUGGACCGAGAGGACGGGAAGAAGGUGUUCCUCCUGGCGGGAAGGAAGAGGAAGAAGAGCAAAACGUCCAAUUACCUCAUCUCCAUGGACCCAACAGACUUGUCUCGAGGAGGGGACAGCUACGUGGGGAAACUGCGGUCCAACCUCAUGGGCACUAAGUUCACCGUGUAUGACAAUGGGGUCAACCCUCAGAAGGCAUCCUCUCCUCUGGAAAGCGCAACUUUUCGUCAGGAGCUGGCAGCUGUGUGUUACGAGACGAACGUCCUAGGUUUUAAGGGGCCUCGGAAGAUGAGUGUGAUUGUCCCCGGCAUGAACAUGGUCCACGAGAGAGUCUGCAUCCGGCCCCGCAACGAGCACGAGACGCUGCUAGCGCGCUGGCAGAAUAAGCACACGGAGACCAUCAUCGAGCUACAAAACAAGACGCCUGUCUGGAAUGAUGACACUCAGUCCUACGUACUCAACUUCCAUGGGCGCGUCACACAGGCCUCUGUAAAGAACUUUCAGAUCAUCCAUGGCAAUGAUCCGGACUACAUCGUGAUGCAGUUCGGCCGCGUGGCAGAGGACGUGUUCACUAUGGAUUACAACUACCCACUGUGCGCACUGCAGGCCUUCGCCAUCGCCCUGUCCAGCUUUGACAGCAAGCUGGCCUGUGAAUAGAGGUCUCCUCGUGCCCUUGGGGUUGCCCAGCCCGGGGUGGAACUGCCUGCCUGAGGAGACAGCCCUGCCUGCCCCCUGUACAUAGGCCUCCUGCCAGAUGAACCUUUGGCUCUCAGCAGCUCCUUGGUGGGGCCAGCCAGGAACUGGCUCCUCUGCCUCCUCUGCUGAGGCAGAGGAGUGGGGGCGUGUAAGGGACCAGAGUGAAUUCUUUCUGUGCCCUGGGAGCAACACACCCACUCUUGGGUUAGUAUGCUGCUGCAGUCACCUUUGCCAAGCCAGGCCACCUCUUCAGCUGGGAAGGCAGGGAGAGGAGUGGAGAGAGAGGAAGCACAGGGCAGGGCUGCCGUGACCCAGCCGCCCACUCAGCCUGGAGGCCAUGACCACGGAUCCCUGACCGUGAGGGGCACAGUGUGUGUGUGUGUGUUGGAGGGCACACUGCCUUCGCACAGCAGAAGGCAUGGCAGCCAAGCCUGGCCCUUAACUGCAGCAAGUCCCGACUUCAGGAGGCCUCAGCCAGGCCUGGGCGAGUUUGCUGGGGUCGGGCGUAAGUGGCAGGACCUUGUCCAGAUUGCAGGGGCCUGGCUGUGGGAAUUGGCUGGCAGCCUAGGGUUGUAGCUCAUGUGAUUUCUCUAGGUUUUCUCUCUGGGAGGAGGCAGCAAGAGGCCAGUCCUCAAGGCCAGAUGUCUUAGAGGAUGGGGCCUGCAAGACACAGGCUCAGCAUCCGGGAGGCGCAUGGAACAGGUGUCCAGGAUCAGGCUGUCUGGGGAACCCUGUCAGCUGCCCCGGCCUCUGCACGGGAAAGGUGUGCGGGGCCUGGUCACCAGCCCUGGACUGCACGCAGGGAGGCAGGUAGGGAGGCAGGCAGGUGUGCCUGUGGCUGUGGCUGGUAGGCUGCAGGUGCUCCUGCUUGUGCUGCAGCCCCUGCUGCAGCCAAUGUAGGUCAGGUCGGGGCUGCUGAGGCUUCUCUGUGUGGUCCUUCUCGGGAAGGAAUGGGGUAGGGUGAGGAGAGCAGGGACUGUUUUAGAACCAUAGAGAUCAGAGGUGGCAGGACCCUUAGAGAUGAACUAGUACAGCUGUCACCUUAUGCAAAUCACCAGAAAAUGGUACUUGCUCUGGGUCAUCUGGCUGGUUAGUGACAGAGUUCCGAACUUCAGCUCACUGGAUUUCUUUGUUCCCACCCUCCCCCAAGCAGCCACUCUCUGUGGUUUUGGGGACCUUCUGGGGCCCAGUCCAGGUGCCCUCACCCCUUGGCCUGAUUCCAGAGCAGCGAUGUCAGAGUUGACGUGUGGAAUUGAAACCAUUUCCAUUGGAGGCUGGGCAGUUCCCCGCUGAAGGCUGCCUGGCUCUUUGCACUGAUCAGGACUGACCCCUCUGUGGCCCCCCAGAGCGCAGGCCUAGCUAGGCUGCCUCCUGUUUCCGUGUGCGGGGCCUGCGUGCGUGCUCUAAGGUCUCCCUCCCCCGCUGGCCUUCUUCCUGACUGGGGAACUCUCAUCUCUUGAGUUCUCGUCCAUUACCCUGGUGGAGGCUGCUUGCGCAGAUGGAGACCAGAAACCCGUGGCAAGCACUUAGUUGUUCCUCACUUCAGAGUAGAUGUGCUUGGAGAGGCUGUGUAGAAAGUGAUGAAAACAUCACAAAGUCAUACUUAAACCCGCAGGCGAGGCUCUGUAAUGAGGUGAAGGAGUGGUUUUGACGGAAGUGGAAGUAGUAGGCUCUCACUCCCUUGCUGUCUAGGGUUUCCUGUGCUGGGUGCUGAGAUCGAGGCAUGCGCCUCACCGCGCUGGCCUGCCCACACCUCCGGCGACCUCGCUUUUGCUGAUGUGGUCUAGUUUCUAGGCAGCUCUUUCCUUGGGACCAUUUUGAGGGCUCUAGAACUUUCCGUACAGGGCUGGUCCACUUCCCAGGAAAUGCUGUAGGCCCACCCUCAUCUCCAAAGUCCCAGUUAGGUUCUUCCCUUUCCGACCUGCUGACUUUGGAAUUACAGAAACCAGAUGAUCUCUGAUGUCCGGCCGGAGUGUCCCUCUGGGCCUGUGACUUUAAGGUGUGCCUCCCAGGAAGACGGGGGUCCUGGAGGCAGAGUGGGAACGUCAGAAGCACAAUGACAAGCUCCCGUCUCCUGCUUUCUCCUCUGGUCCAUGCAAGGGCCUGGCUGGGUAUUUUGGAAGGGUCAGAGAUGUGGGCCGAGCUUUCUAGCCCAGCUGUGAAGGGCAGCUCAACAACAAGACCCUCUGCUGGGCACAGAGUGAGAAGCGAGAGCAGCUGAGUCUGAGGCUGGGUCUCAAGCAGGCGAGUCUGUUCUGACAACCCCGUUCCUGGUGAGGCUGGUUUUCCUUGACCACUGGCCUCACAGCUAUGGGCCCAAAGACUCAAAGCUGCCAAGGACCUUGGCGCCCACGUGGGCUCAGCUCCUCCCAUAGGAAGAGGUCUUCGUUGGUCAGAGAAUGAUAAUGGAGUGAGCUGUCCCUAAGGGUGUUGGGCAGGUGGGACCUCAGGCAGCUCUUCGGUGACUGCUCCUGGCUCUGCAACUUCUUCUGGGGCCACACGCAAAAUCUCGACACCCUCUGCCCUAAACAGUUCUUGUGCAGAGCGGUGAAGUCCACUUCCCUGAUCUUUUUCAUUCCUUCUGGCUCCAAGGUGCUCUGUGUGUCUGCAUCUCUCUGUGUCUGUGUGUAUUUGGGAGGAAGGGCAACCUGCAGUCAACUGAAGUUCGUUAUGACGAUCACGUUUCCGAGAACGAAGAGGAAAGGCGUAAGGUGUACCUGUAGGUUUCGUUCACUCAGUGCUCUCUGGUGAGAGAGUGGCCUCUCUCCCAGGGCUCUGAUCCGAAGGACGCCGUCUGAGGAAGUUGAUCACUUCCCAUUCUGCGUCGCCUGAGGAAUCCGUGUGUUGUACGCAUACCUUUGGACGAAUAUGAACAUACUCUGGUGAAUGUGCCUUAAAAAUCACGACACUCGUUCGGAAGGAGCGUGCAAGGUCCAGGCCCGUGUGAGGACAGGUGUCGGAAGCCAGGGAGUGUGGUGAUCGCAGGCUAGAAGGGAACCUCUGGAGUCUGCUCCUCUAGUGACAAAGAGGGCAAGAAAACUGCAGAGGCAGAAGGUUUUCUGUAAAUAGUGGGGUAUUUGCCUUCAAUUUGGAGGUGGCUCUGAAUUUAACAAGCAAAAGCGCUGAUUUUACUAAGAGGUCCCUGCUCCCCUAAUGGUGGGGUCCACAGGAAGGGAGCUGCAGGGUGCUACAUCCCCGGCUCUGUAACGCAAGCACAAUCCCACCUCCCGAGGGAGUCCCGGCUUCCCUUCUCCAGAAUGCUUCACCCUGGUCAAGACACCAUGGUGACCUCAGGCUGCCAGGUGGCCCUCUGCACACCUCUGCAGGUGCCCAGCACGAAGGGGGCUGGACUCCCCUGCCCCAGGUCCUGGCUGGCUGACCAGCAGCAGCCCCGGGAACAGGCCAAAGGACAGUGUGCAUUGACUGGACCCCAGCCCUCCCAUCAGUCUCAGGAUAUUGGGGGGGGGGGGAGGGGCAGAGCGGAAGUGUCGGGGCGGGUUUGGUUGUUCUCACAGAAAGUAGUCCUGUACUCAGUGGCCACGUGAUUCUGAGCACACCACGUAACUUCUCUAGGUCUGUUUUCUCAUCUACUGAGCGAGGGGUGGACCGUCAGCGUCUGCGGGAGGGUCGGGGCGGAUGAACACAGCCCGUGCUUUCAUCACUACCUUUUCUAGCUCGUCACUGUGCCUUUUUCUUUCCCUUCUGUUCACUGCCCCGCCCCGCUUCUCUCACCAAGGUCCAGGCAGAGCUGGGGUUAGGCCGAGACCCAGAUCCAGAGUUCCCUAGGGAGUGACUAGGGGCGGCUCGGAAAGGGAAGCCCGACUUGGCCGCCUUCCCGCUUCUGGUAACGAGGGGCCUCGGCUGGGCGGGCGCGUCAGCCAGUUGUCGCAGUGCUUAGGAUGUGUGUGUCUGUUUGCACAAGCCUGUCUUUCCCUAUUUCCGAGUGGUCAGACAUUUUAUUUUUGUUCAAAGUCCUCUGGAGUUUUAGAUGAACUUGCAAAAUUGUGCUUUUAUUGACUUUUUGAAUAAACUCUUUGGUAUUCGGGAUCAAUGUAUGUAUUUAUUGGUAUGUGCAAUGACAAAGUCGGUAUUUUCCCAUGCUGACAUUAUGUACGUUGUAUAACUUAAGUGUUUGUCUAAAGUACAGACCAUAUAUCAAAUUAAACUUGAACUCUUUCAACACUACUGUAUACUUUCUUUUUCCUAUAAAAGGAGAAAAAACAUUUUUUAUACCAUUCAUUCGUCUGUCCUGAGAGCCUCAGGGGUGAGGACGGUGGUAACAAGGGCGUCACAGCUUGUCUGGAAGCAAUGACAGGUGGUCAGAGCUGUCCUCCCUGUGCUCUUCACGUUUAAGGAUGCUCAGAACCACACGCAGAGGCUGGGGAGGGCUGGCAGAAUGCUAAGGACCGAAAGUAUGGGUCAGCUGUACCAGCCGGAAAGGGGCUGUUGGUUCCUGAGUAUCCCCCUGUGGCCCUGGCCGUUAGGAGCAAAAAUUGGCCAUCGAGCUAAAAA